AUGCUGCGACCUCUUGCACUCUGCGCCACCGCGCUUGCGCUGGGCGCCCACUCCAUCCUCCUCCCUCCCUCCGUGUCUAGCAGCGACGCAGAAGCCUUCAACAUCAUCCAGAUCCACGAGAAGUACCAGGUCGUCAAGUUGGAAUGUCCCAGCUGCUCGACCAAGCCCGGGCAAGGCGACUUCUUCACACAGGAGAUUGACACGAGCCGGUCUCUGCUCCUAAAUUUCUCGGUCGGCGCGGACCCCAGUACCCUCUUAUUCGGCCAACGUCCUCUCUACCCGCGUACCUCAAUCCCUCACUUCCGCACCUUUUCGAUACCCUCCUCCGCUUCGGUCCAAGAGCAAUCCGAUAUCAAGUUCCCCCUCGCGCAGCUGCACACCAUCAUGGACUACACCCUCGACUCCGCCCCGCUGUGCAUCGACAAGACCCCCGACGUCGCCCAGGUGCUCAAGCUGCGCUUCCAGAUCCUCAAUCUCGACAACAAGCCCACCGCACUGCCCUCUCUCGAGCUCUUCGUCGUCGAGCUCGCCACCGGCGAACUCGUCAUCGGUGACAUACGCACCGGCCCACAUAUCGACAGGAUGACACGGCCCAACCGGCCUAUCAAUUCAAGACCCCAUCAUGUGGGUCAUAAGCAUGGACACAUGGGCGGCCAUACUGGGCAUGUGCACGGGCAUAGGCAUUUCCAUAAUUUCUGGACCAUGCUGCUCGCGCAUGUGGUGGUGCCGUUGCUCGUCUUUGGCGUCCCGGCUGGUGCGACGCUGUUCUUGAUUGUGCACCGUAUCAGGCAGGCGAAGCGGGCGAGGUAUGCCCAGCUCGCCAAGGAGGAGCAGGAUGUAGAGGGGGAAGUUGUUGGAAGCAAGAAGAUGGACGGCUACGUGCCUGUUGACGUUGAAGCGCAAGAGGAGUUGCCGGUCUACUCUGAGAAGGAGGUUGUGAUCGAGGAGUAA